AUGGCAUCCACCAGCUAUUCCAUUCUGUCCUCCACCGUCUCCGGCGGUCGCCUCCGCCGCGUGAACUCCAAAAGCGCCGCCUCCUCGGCCGCCGCUGCCGGCGGUGGAGGAGGGAGGUGGCGGUGCCACAGGCCUGUCCGAUCGAUGCUGCUGUUACCUUCUGACCCGGAGGAGAAGAGGCCCGCAGGCGGCGGCGCUCACCUGUUCCGCUUCUUUCCCCAGAAAGCUGCCGCGGCCGCGAUCCUCUUCUCCGCCGUGUCCUCCCCCGCCGGCGCCGUCGACACUCUCCCCUCCCAGCAGCAGCCCGUCGCUUCGCCGCCGGCUUCUGUGGCGGAAGCUGUCCGGCCCGCGCCGUCUUCCUCCUCCGACCCCUUCGCCCAGUCCCUGCUCACCGCCCCGAACCCCAAGUCGCCGUCGCCGGCCGCCGCCGGCCUGCCGGAGGGCUACCAGUGGCGCUACAGCGAGUUCCUCAACGCGGUGAAGAGCGGGAAGGUGGAGCGCGUCCGCUUCAACAAGGACGGCGGCGCCCUCCAGCUCAUCGCCAUCGACGGGCGGCGCGCCGCCGUCGUCGUCCCCAACGACCCGGACCUCAUCGACAUCCUCGCCACCAACGGCGUUGACAUUUCGGUUUCCGAGGGCGACGCAGAGGGCGGCCCUCUGAGCAUCAUCGGCAACCUCCUCUUCCCCCUGCUCGCGUUCGGGGGCCUCUUCUACCUCUUCCGGCAGGCGCAGGGCGGCGGCAGCGGCGGACCCGGCGGGUUCGGAGGCGGGCCCAUGGACUUCGGCCGGUCCAAGUCCAAGUUCCAGGAGGUACCGGCGACGGGGGUCUCCUUCGCCGACGUCGCCGGCGCCGACCAGGCCAAGCUGGAGCUCCAAGAAGUGGUUGACUUUCUGAAGAACCCAGACAAGUACACGGCCCUGGGUGCGAAGAUCCCCAAGGGCUGCCUCCUGGUGGGCCCUCCCGGCACUGGGAAGACGCUGCUGGCCCGCGCCGUCGCCGGAGAAGCCGGCGUACCCUUCUUCUCCUGCGCCGCCUCCGAGUUCGUGGAGCUCUUCGUGGGCGUGGGAGCUUCGAGAGUGAGGGACCUGUUCGAGAAGGCGAAGGCGAAGGCCCCCUGCAUCGUCUUCAUCGACGAGAUCGACGCCGUCGGUAGGCAGCGAGGAGCGGGACUCGGCGGCGGGAACGACGAGAGGGAGCAGACCAUCAACCAGCUUUUGACCGAGAUGGACGGCUUCUCCGGGAACAGCGGAGUCAUCGUCCUCGCCGCCACCAACCGCCCCGAUGUUCUCGAUUCCGCGCUUCUGAGGCCCGGCAGGUUUGACCGUCAGGUCACCGUUGACCGCCCCGACGUCGCCGGGAGAGUCCGGAUCCUCCAGGUGAGUCCCUUCGGACACGGAUGAUUGUUGCGGCGUGCGAUGGUUGACCUCCUACCUCAAUUCUUUCCGCUUCUUCCGGCAGGUUCACUCGAGAGGGAAGGCGCUGGGGAAGGACGUUGACUUUGAGAAGAUCGCCAGGAGGACCCCCGGGUUUACGGGAGCUGACCUUCAGAACCUGAUGAACGAAGCCGCCAUUCUGGCGGCCAGACGCGACCUGAAAGAGAUCAGCAAGGACGAGAUCGCCGAUGCUCUGGAGAGGAUUAUAGCAGGCCCAGAGAAGAAGAACGCCGUCGUUUCAGAUGAGAAGAGGAAGCUGGUGGCUUAUCACGGUAAAAUCCAAUCCCCAGCCUCCCCUGGAUUUUGAUUUUUCAGUUCAAUCCAUACUCUGCUGCUUCGAACGUUGACUUUAAUUCGGGGGGGUUUGCAGAGGCUGGGCAUGCUCUGGUGGGGGCCCUCAUGCCGGAGUAUGACCCUGUGGCCAAGAUCUCCAUCGUUCCUCGCGGGCAGGCUGGUGGGUUGACCUUCUUCGCCCCCAGUGAAGAGAGACUAGAAUCGGGACUCUACAGCAGGAGCUACCUGGAGAACCAGAUGGCCGUCGCCCUCGGUGGAAGGUCUCAGCUUCUCCCUGAAAACCCUCCGUGGGAUCCUCUCCGAGAGAGGAGCUUCUAAUGUUCUUGCGGGGGACUUGCAGAGUGGCUGAGGAGGUCAUCUUCGGGAAGGAGAAGGUCACCACGGGAGCUUCCAACGACUUCAUGCAGGUCUCCCGCGUGGCGAGACAGAUGGUGGAGAGGCUCGGUUUCAGCAAGAAGAUCGGCCAGGUUGCCAUUGGAGGAGGCGGUGGGAAUCCCUUCUUGGGUCAGCAGGUGAGUACAGUCGAUUAAUGGAGAACCCUUUUCUUCUUCUUCUUCUUCUUCUUCUUCUUCGUCUUCUUCUUCAUCUUCUUCGUCUUCUUCGUCUUCUUCUUCGUCUUCUGCGUCUUCUUCGUCUUCUUCGUCUUCUUCUGCCCUAACUGGGGCGAACCUGGUGUUGCAGAUGUCGUCGCAGAAGGACUACUCCAUGGCGACCGCCGACGUGGUGGACGCGGAGGUGAGGGAGCUCGUGGAGAAGGCCUACGCGAGGGCGAGCCAUAUCAUCAACACCCACAUAGACAUCCUCCACAAGCUCGCGCAGCUCCUCCUCGAGAAGGAAACCGUCGAUGGGGAAGAGUUCAUGAGCCUCUUCAUCGACGGCAAGGCCGAGCUCUACGUCGCCUGA